UAUUCUAGCACUACCACUAGCAGCAGUGAUAUUGAAGUCUGGGUGUGGAAUUCAAAAUAUUAUUAAUUAAAUCAAAAUCAAAUCCUCUAAAUCCACCACACACAAGUUGGGUGUUGUCGUGUUGUGUAUUUGAUCUGGGAAGUUGAGCUAAAUUUUAAACUUUUCUUGGAGGUUGUGGAAAUGGUAGAUGUUGAUCUCAAUUCUGUUCCAAGCAUCAAUUUGAAAAUUAUAUUUGGAGUUCACUUUAUAUUAAUAACAUGGGGUAUCCAGGGACAUUGGAGCCCAGACUCCUACUUCUUCUACAACCUGGUGUUUAUCCUAACACUCCUCUGGGGGAUCCACUGCAAGGAUAAGGCUGAACCUAUACAGAUUGCGAUGGUUAUUGAUGGAGUUUCAGUUUUACUGGAUAUUUUUGCUGUCGGGAUGAACACUCCGUCUGUUUAUGCGGGAGAGAAGUUUAGUGUGGCUAUGGCGCUACUGAAUCUGGCGCUGAGGCCGAUAACUGUAGUUCUGCUGGGUCGUGUGUGCGCCGACCGGAUGGGACUAGAUGACGGCUUCCCAGCUCGCUUCGGCAACCUGUUUGGAGAAAGAGAAACCAGAGGCCCGUACGAAGACAUAGAGAGAGGAUCAGGUGCGAGCAGGACACAUCAGAACAUCCCGAGCACCGAGACAGCAGACUUUACUCCCACCUAUCACUAGUCUCAUCAACUAGCACCUUGUUGCCUGUAAUGCCACGGUGUGCAAUCAAUGCGUUUUGUGCAGUGAAUUGAACUUUUGUAAGGCCCACUUGUAGAAUACGUUUUCUAUUUUUCCCAAUUAUAAAAAUUUAAUGGGCUUUCAUUAAUAAACUUUGUUUUGCAAAAUUUGCUAGCUGCCUCCCAACUCUUUGUUACAAUAUCGGAUAAUUUAAUUUAUUUUCUUUAUUAGCAUUAGUUCUUGCAGAUGUUGUUGUUUCCUCUCCAAUAUGUUAUGCCACAAUGUGUGUCAUCUUCAGGGAUAUUGUAAGAUGUUCUAUUUACAUUAUGUACACUAUUUAUACAUAGCGGCACGGGCACAAUGUUGUUGAGUUUAUCACCAUCUUCACGGGGGAGAACAUAGGCUACUAAAUAAGGUAACUUAAUUCUUGUUUCUAGUAUUGGUUAGUGGGAGGAAUUAAUCAAAUACUUUUUUAAUGCAAGUUGGGCCAAGUUAAGUCAAGAAUAGUAAUUUCAUUUUCAAAAUUCAAAUAUAUUUAUUUAGGAUAUUACAAGCAUGGCCUCGCCAAGUUAUUCAUAAUAAAAAAUCUCCUUUUUAAAAUACAUGUAGGCUAUCAAAUGAAAUAACUUUCCUAACCUAAGUAUGAUUAGAUUACUUAUGGAACUAUUUCGUCGGUAUACAUUGGAGUCCCAAUAAUCCAAAAGUCCGCUUAGUCCAAUUAUAAUUUUUUUUUUAUUUAAAAAAACUGUUGUUAUCCAGUAAGUGCUGUCACUUAUCUGGGAAAGUUGAAAUUACUAGCACCGUUGAGUGACAACAUUAAUGCAGUUUAUUGUUGACACAAAAAGUGAUGACCCACAUACGUGUUGUCACCCUUUGGGAAAAGCCGAAACUGUUGUGUAACGACAGUUAGUUGUACCAUAGAUAAAACAUACUCCUAUGGUUGUACCUUGUCGAAGUAUUCUGUAGCGGCCGGGCGAGAUAGACUUGUCGUAUAGAGUAUAUUAGAAAUAAUUUGGCAAUUUUUUUUAUAAACAGUUUCUAUUUUCUUUCCGGGUUCCAAUCCCACCAAAUCACCAAUGGAUUUUAUCUAAGUGAUAAUGCCGCAACCCCUAGGUCUAGCCUACAGCAAUGUUAAAAACAAUCCCAGGCUCGUGCCUAGCGUCCUAGGACAAAAAAUUAAAAACAAAAAACUUUUGAUUUGAAAUAUUUGGUAAUCCGAAAUUGGUCCGGUCACAACCAUUUCAGACUAUAGGGACUCUACUGUUGCUUAAUAUCAGCAAAAUUUUUACAUGUUUGAUGAUAAGGUGUCAGCAUUUACCUGUGAAGUUUUUCUGACGGUGCUAAAAAUAAAACAUGCAUUGAGCCUGACCCAAUUUUACAUUUAAAGGAGAUGGGGGCAGCUAACGGAUUUAAACCUCAUUUUGCAAUUUUUUUAACUGACUAAUCAGGAUAAGUAGCUAUAUAAAAAUAAAUUUUAUAUUGAAAGACACUUGAAGGUUAUCAAUAAAAAAGACUGCCAUGUUGCAAUGAUUACAAAUAUUCCUCAGUUUAAACAAAUUAAUUGCAAGAGGUUUUAAAUUGUUAUAAUGGGGCUAUUAAUAGUAUCCACAAAUUAUUUUCUUUUCAUAAAACAAUAAGUAAUAUUCUUAUGUACUUACUUAUCUUAUCUACUCUCAAGUUUAUUGGAUUUUGAUCAUUUAGUAUUUAUUGAGUUGUUUUAUGUUUAUUUGAAUCACCCUGUUCUACUGGCAAACUGUGAUAUCUGAUCUGGGAAGGGCACUGCCAGAAAAUAGUACAGGGUAUGUCCUGGGAAAAGGGGGGUUUGGGGGCCUCAACCAGAAAAUAUUGGAAAAUGGAAAAUAAGUCCUUAAAAACUAGGUUUAAUGCGUUUUUUUUCUAAGACGUUGCACUAAAAAACUAGUGUAAUUUCCCCCCUUGAAAAAAUCCCAUCCUUAUAGUAGAACUCCGAUUAUCCGAAUCAAUAGGGACCAGACCCCAUUCGGAUAGUCGGAGUUUUACCGGAAUUCCGGGAAUUUUAAAGAUAAAUCCUAAUUUUUGGUACUAAGUGAACUUUUAAUUAAUAAUAAAUGAAAUCAGAACAUUUUUACAGUUUACAAUGCUCUUAGUACAAGUGUUCUAUACAUGUUCUUAAGUUAAUAGUUUAGCCAGUGUGUAAUUUUGGUGUUCCAUCAAAGUCCAAAAUUACACACUGGCUAAAUGUGUUAAAUAACAAUUCUUUGAUAUUUUGCAAAACUUAUAACUGUAGCUUUACGUUUUUAAAAUUGUUGAAGUAAGCGAUUCUGAUAAUCGGAGAUUCGGUUAAUUGGAGUUCGGAUAAUUGGAGUUCUACUGUUCUACAGUUUUUUACAAACCCUGUCCCCCUUAUAACAUAAUUUUGCCUUUCCAAGCAGUCCUGCCUUGAAUACCAUUUUUGUUACCUGGCUUACUUAAAAACACAUCAUACUAACAUACUAAAUGUGAUAAACGUAUUUAAUUUUUUGCUGAACAUAAAAUAAUUUUAACAUAAAACCUUCUGUGUUUCAAUAUGAUAUUGAGAUAUAUUUUUUAGAGGGUCUAUGAAUCUAUGCAGUACUUCAGGGUAACAUGAAGUACUUAAGAGGUAUUUCCUCAAUACGAAAAACUCUUUUAGUAUUUUUUAAACUGGUAAAAAAAGUGGUCCAAGAUAUAACCAAAAUGCAUAGUCUACGAGGGAAAAUAUAUUUAUUUUUUUAAACGAUAGGUUAAUAGUUAGUAGUCAUUGUUGUGAAAAUUGUUCCCUUAAAUAUUUAUACAAAUCUAUGAGUUGAUUUAAAUUAGUUGCAGAACGAAAGACUGAAUAUACCCUUAAACAUUUUAAUUCCCACAUCACAAGUAAUUUUUAGAAAUAAAAUAACUGAUCCACCAUCAUUGUGCCAUUGUAAAGUACCAAUUCUUUACUGUUCUUUACAAACUUUUUAAUCACGCCAAGCAAAACCCAGUGUUGUAUAAAGCAUUCUUAUGAAUUAACAUUGUGUGAAAAUUGUAAGAGAAAGUAAGACUUCAACAUCUGCAAACUCUGUGAGGCUCAUUUAACAAUGUUUUAUUUGAGUUUAAAAAAUAAGUGUGUAAUUAUUUUAGGUUGGUCCACGUAAAGUAGGAGGUAGUGUAUUUUUUAGUACCCAUCCAAAGUCAAUGGAUUUAGCUAAUUUGUCAUAUUACCACCAGUGCCAACAAUAAAUCUCAAGACAUAAACUAUACUGUUGUUUUAGUUAAAUGGAGAAAUUUACUCAUUCUCUGUAGAACAGAAUACUGUGAUUUUUUUUCAUUCAAUGUUACUUUGCAAAGGCAUUUAUUUUAUUGCUCUGUCUUAGAUGACUAACUAAAGUAGGCCUAUUCCACUAAUAGAGCCUAAAGGGACUCUAUUCAAAUCAAGCAUAACCAUCAAGAGACAGAUGAAGUUGAGAUGAAUGAAUUUGUACUCCAAAUACACUUUGUUCUGUGGGAUGAACUACAUUUUUUAUCACAUUGCAGCAUUAUUUUAGCCAAUUCAUCAAUCAAAAAUGUAGCACAUUGUUUGUUUUUGUAACAGUAGACUCCCUCUUAUCCGGACUCCUCGGGACCGAGGCCAGUCCGGAUAACGGGUAUUCCGGUUAAACCGACGUCCCCAAAAACUCGUUAAAAAGGACUGUUUACUGUGAUAUUCAACUUAAAUUUAGGAGAGCAUUGUAUUAAGACACGUGAUCACUGGUCUCAAAUCUUUCCCACGAGAACAGACGUUUCAGUACUGCCCACUUACUGCCGAUAUAGUCCGGUUAAACCAAUGUGCUGAUAAAAAUUGUCCGUUUAAAGAGAUAUCAUUUCCGCCGAGUAAGUCCGGUUAAACCGAUGUCCGGUUAAAAGGUGUCCGGAUAAGAGGGAGUCUACUGUAGUGAUUUUCCCAAGUAAAAAGCUGCAAUCAGGAUUAGCUGUAUCAAAAGGCAGCUGUUACGAAUACAAUAAACUAUUUGGCUGGGUUUUAGCAAUCUGAAGAAAGUUACAUGUAUCAGCUAUGAAAAAAUUCAAAGUUUUAGUUGUCAAAGAAAUAAUAGCCAAGAUAACUAAAGAGAUUAGAUUAGUAAUUUUAAUUAUUUAAUAAUUCAAAUACUUUUACAAUUGUUAGUUGAAAUUAAAUCCAUAAAGGAGUAUUUAUUGCAAGUAAAAUAUACAGUGUAAUAUACCAUGGCCUCCUUUAUUACAAGGCUGCGGGUAAACAAAAGUGGUAACGCUGCGGUCCCAGGCUAUCAAAACAGCUGUUGCAUCAAUUCAUAAAGGAGCUUCUGCUCAAUAAUUUACGUGUACACUUUUUUUAUCAUGGCAAUAAGGCUGCUGUGAUAAUGCCACACACCAACCUUGUAUUAUAAGAGGCUAUGGGGAUACACAAUGGUAAAACAAUGACCAUUCUUUUAGGCUAGAGAUGAGAAACGCCACUUUAAGACCUGCAAGCGUAUUGGAAACAGCUAUUUUAGCUGCAGUGCAGUAUGACAAAAUGAAAAUAUCAAUUAGAAAAUUGAUCUACACUGUUAUGGGUGAUCCCAAACAUUGUUGCCUAUAUUUGAUACUGAAGCCUAAGUGUAAAUAUGAGCCUGUCAAAAGAAACAUUAGUUGUGUUGUAUAUUUGAUAAAAUCAUUUCUAGUCUAUAGUUUUAUAUGUUAUAUUUUUACUACUCUCUUGCAACUUUGUAUUUUUCACAAUAAACAUGUUUUAACAGUU